CGCCCUGUCUCACGUUGCCUUGCUGUCACAUUUGAGCGGUCGUCAUUGUCCUGUAGUGUCGCGAGUCAAUAAAAACACAACACACACACACACAGCACACGAUACGCAACAACAGGCGGCGAGUACACACUUAACAUACGCACGCGUACACAACACAGACGUUCACGCAACAGCAUACACAGCAGCAGCAGCACACCACGUUGAAGGAAGACAAACAAACCAUCAUGAACCCUCAGUACCAACGCUUGGACGAGGCCGGUGGCUACCGACCGGGUCCCAUGGGGGUCCCGAUGCAAGACGUGUGCGCCGGGGUGGUCGUGGUGGGGCCGGGAUACGAUCGCGGGGGUCCACCCCCAUCGUCUGGGUCGCCUCCCGGCAUGGUGAACGCCGGCCCCUGGGAGUCGGGCAUCGUGUCGGAAGUCCGCGACUAUUUGGCGUGGUCGCUGUGCAGCAUGAUGCACGUCAACGUGUGCUGCCUUGGAUUCCUGGCGGCUGUUUUCUCCAUCAAGGCCCGGGAUCGCAAACAUCUGCACGACGUGGCGGGUGCACGUCACUACGGCAACAUCUCGCUGACCCUCAACAUCAUCGCGUUGCUGCUUGGCCUGGUGGUGUGCGGGCUGUUCAUAUACGGCGUGAUUAUGCUCGCCAACAGCUACGUCGACAUCAUGCACAAGCUGGACCACGAGAAUCAACCCUCCACCUUCAACAACAACAACAUGAUUGGGUAGUUGUUGCCCACGUGGGUUGUUGUGUAGGGAUGGGCUAGGAGGGGAAGCCAGGCACGUGGGUGUGGGAACAAGGAAGUUGGGGUAGCGCGAAAGGUUUUAUUCGCGAAUUUGUGGCUUGCAUACUUCGCGUUGGGUUUUUUUUGUGCAAAAGGUGGAAAGUUGCCUUAUCAGUUGCAAGUUGAUAUUAGUGGUAAUAUGGCCGAAUUGGAUUGCUGCAUGGCCAGUAUUUUCACUAGAUAUUGGCGGAAAGCGCUUGUACAAUUUGGAAGAAUGUUUCAUUCCCUGCCAAAUGUUGGUUGGGGGAAAUUGUUCUCCCAAAUAAUUAGUAAAAAGUGCCUCCGCCAACAAAUUGAGACCCGCACGGUGUAUUAAGCCUUAAAAUGGUAUUGCAGUCAACUUUACAAAGAAUUUGACUUUUUAAAUACGUGAAAAUAUAAUUUUAACUAAAUUGUGUUUGCGGGGAAAGGGAUUUGAAAACAAUAAUUUCAACAAAAAUAUCUACCAGCACCACCCCCACUGAUUUUUUUUUUACUUUACUUCUUCAAAAAGACCCAGACUGUAAAAUUGUAGGAUCACGUUAAGAUUCACAUCUUGACGAAACGGCCGAUUCACUUUACAUCGUGUCAGCGAUUUGCUUGAUUUUUUUUGCCAAAAUAAUCGCAGAGGAAAGCCAACAUCGUUGUGACAAAGACCACCCGUAUAGCCUUUAACGGAAUGAUGGGGCAAGUGCUGUUGAAGGCUGGCAUGGCGCACAACAGGGGUGGGUGGCCAACACCAUACCCGGCCGGCCGCCUUUGUCUCCCCAGUGCUGAUAUUUAAACAACAGGCUGAGUGGACAAAGGGGUAGGCCCAGGACCGGUUCAGAUAAUCAUCACUGGUGUUGGCCGUGAGCGGGAAUCCAACUUGGGUCGCCGGGUUCGUAGCGCUGCACGCUAACCGGUGCACUACAGACACACACAAUAUGCAUUCAGAGCAAACAAAUCAAUACAUGAUACUUCAUAGCAGUUUAUACGGGAACCCAUUGUACGCGUCAAUCACCGGCAGUGCCUGAACUAAUCCAAUCAACGUGAUUUGUUUGACACCUGCCGAGGAGAACCCUCAAGGACUGCAGUUGAAACUUCCGUCCCGUUUACCACCCGAUGAACAAGCAGCAAAUAUUUAACCAACAGUAGCACUUGUUUCGUCGCUGACUUAAUUUCACUUUUAAAAAGGGAUCUUUAUUUUUACGAGGUGGAUGUAGACGAAAGAAUCGCACGUGCUGUUUUAGUAUAAUCACAUUGGUGUUGCUUUAGAUAGGUGUCUUUUUUAUUAAUAUGGAUAAAAGCUCAAGGGACAGUCCUAAAAUGUCUUGCUUGUGCAGUUGCUGGUGGAAGGGUAUCCACUGGAGGGAGCCCUGGAGGACUAAUACGAGUCCAGUAAAAGCUUGGAUUGCGAGUAACUUUGUCUGCGAGUGUUUUGCAAGACGAGCAUUUUUUUAAAAUAUAUUUUAACUUGAUGGACGAGCGAGGUCUUGCAAUACGAGCAGUACGUAUACGCUUUGUCUGCCGAGCGUCACGUGAUCACAACUGAGCCGAUGGUUCUUCUCUCUCGCUGCGGGAUUGUGGGUAAUCGUCUCCCAUGCUCGGUCUCAGUCGGCGUGCCUCACUCGUAUAGUCAACAUCCGUGCGAGCGUACAGUAUACUGUUUACUAGUGUUGUGAUCACGUGUGUGUGCAUAAAGCGUUUUUUUUUUAUUUUGUGUCCAAGUGUAGUGACUGUUCUUUAGUACACAUUUCCGCGAAAUCCUCAAAAGGAGGCAAAAACAAGUGUCAUUGGAUAUGUUCCUUGUUAAAGUCGCACAAAAAGAAAAAUAUUCCAGUGAGCCAACAGAUAGCAGUGAUUCCAUUAGUGACAGUGAAAGUCAUCCUACACAAUAACCCUCCUCCUCUCCUCUCUCUCGUCUCCCUCACACCAGCCACGAUUAAAUUUAAUGAAUACAUUUGAUUACUUUAUAUUCAAUUUAAAUAAUACAAAUAUUAAAAGGUAUUUUGUAUUAAUCAUUUUUUAUGAAUAUUUUCGGGUUGUGGAACGAAUCAUCUGAGUUUCCAUUAUUUCUUAUGGGGAAAUUCGCUUUGAUAUACGAGUGCUUUGGAUUACAAACACGUUUCCGAAACGAAUUAUGCUCGCAAUCCAAGGUUUUACUGUGAUGCACGUUACACUACAGGCAGUCCCCGGGUUACAGAAGGGUUAGGUUCCAGAGAACGAUCCGUAACCCAAAUUACCCGUAUGUCGGAAACUGAACAAUUUCCCCCCCCCAAACUCGAGAUUAAUUCCAUUUUACCUUAAUCCUCGUGAAGCUCGUGGGAGGUAUGAGGCGGCCGCCCGCUUUACGCCUCGCUCCGCGGUGUUCGUCCGCAACCUCACUGCGCUGCACUGCUUGCGUUUGCACAACUAAGGCAAACAUUUACACGUCUUAAAUUUUUUUAACACUUUAGGGGGACCAUUUUCGUGAGGUCGGAUUUCCGCAAGUCGGGUCUUACGCAACCCGGGAACUAUUGUAGUGGAUUUCCUCUCUUUAAUGCGGCUUUAUUUCGUGCCAUUUCCCGUAUAUAUCCAGAUAACCUAUUUAUACCCAAAAUUCGCUCAGCACGGUUUAAAUUCACUACACACGCGGCUUUACAGUUUGACGUGGGACAACAUUGUGUGUGUGUGUCGCAGAACCGGCCCUAGACCUUUGGGUGCCCUAAGCAAAAUAUGGUUGGAGGCCCCUUUGAUGUAUGAUUUUUUUCACCCACGAGCUAGCAGUGACUCUAGGGGGCCCUCUGCUGGCCACGGGGCCCUUUGCAAUUGCAAGGGUCGCUUAGUGGCUGGGCCGGCUCUGGUGUGUCGUAUAAAGUGUGUGUACUGUGUCAGGUCUCCGUGCAGUUUUUCUUUGUGCGCCAUUUUCUUUGAACGCAUCUACCGCAUAAAGCCACGGGUGGCGAGAUGUUAGCUACCUCGCCUGGUACACAGGAGGUCAUGGGUUCGAUCCAGACCCUGACGGCUGUCAAUAUGGAGUUUGCAAGUUUUCUUCCCACGGUCGCGUAGAUUGUUCUUCGUGUCUAGAAUCAUCCGUUUGGACUAUUUGGCUGCUAACAAUGAGGAAAGUUUCUUCAACUGGCACCCUCCCCCCCACACCACCGCUACUGUCCACCGAUUAAUACCAUCGGCAGGCAGGUCGUGUCUGGUAAGAUAAAAUGUGGGCAUUUCCACCUCUUCCAAGACGCCCACUUCCCCACUUACCAGCUUGCGAAAAGUAGGCCAAAACACUUUGCGGAGGGGCUCUGUGGAAACAGCUGCCUGUAGUGGAAUCCCUUCGGCUAGCGUGGCAUUGAUGCAAGCAAUUGCAGGGCUGCGCCUUUACCUUUCACGCACGUUGUUCUGCUUCCAGCACUGAGAGUGCCCUUAUUUUUGUGUGGUAGGAACGUGUGUGUGUGUGUGAGAGCUCUCGUUAUAUUUUUCUUAUUAUUGAGAAAUCGUCAUCUGGUUAGGCGACCUUUGUGUUAGAAGAAUUUGUUGGAAUGCAACUUUAUACUUUUAUAAUGUUUGUUGUGUAUGGUGUUUUUGUUUGCCAUCCAUCUAUUUAGAGCCAAAACCCGCAGCUUCCUCACUACUGCUUAAAAUAAAUAGUGUGCUUCUGUGAAUAACAACACAUUUUAAGCAACCUAAUGCGUGCAUUGUAAGCGAUAAAAAAUGUACAGAUCACAACACUCCCACUUCGUGCCAAGGAGUUAUUCACCAACGAUAACAAAACAAGUGUAAUGUGUGCAGUCAGGAUAGCCUGAGUUUAUUGAAGGUUGCAUUCAGGAUGGUCCUGCAUUGCGAUAUGGAGUAAGCUGGAGUACCCAGAUAAAUCCAAGGGGAUGACACUGUAAGACAGGGUUACCCCACACUCCAGGCCUCCCGUGACCCACUAAGCGAAUUAACACUGCGGCAAGAGAGCCAAUUCACAUGAAUUCUAGAUUUGAAGCUUUCGUAACUGCAAGGAUUCAUACUCUUGGGCUUUUUCGGUAAAGUCACGUAGGUAAAAACAUAGAAAUAAAAUUAUUUUAUUAAAUAAAAAUGAAAUUAAUAAUAGAAAUCAUUUUUUAUUAUUAUUUUAUUUCUAUUAUUACUUUUAUUUUACAUUUUUACCUACGUGACUUUACCGAAAAAGCCUAAGAGUAAUUCACAUGAAGCUUGCGAUCUCCGUGUGCCCUUGACGCAGCGGGAAUUGCUUAACCACAGCGCGUGGGACGUGUUUAACAAUCAUCAGGCGCGUGCGGCGUGGAACGAGUUAAUUCGCAUGUUAAAUGCCGCGUUAAUUUGGGCAAAUGCGGAGAGACGGAGUAGCGUGAUAGUUCGCGAGGACUGGAGUUUCGGAAAUCCUGAUCUCAGGUCUGCACACAUGGCUUCAAAAAGGACACCCUCAGUGGCCGAAUCCACCUGACCGUGCACUGAUCGUGAUUAAUUUGAUUGCCGUGUGGUGGAGUUCAAAUAUUUGCCCACUCGGACGUGUGGAUGAUGGGAGAGGCGCUAUAUAAUGACGUGGUUCUUGUUGCCAUUCGUGUUUAUUUUGAUCGAACGCAAUUUGUAGGAGGAAAGGGACGAGAAUUGCGCGGUUGUUUGUUGGGAAAGUGAUAAGAUUGUAACAUUCUAAAGUUUUAGUCGCUUUUAUAUCGCUGUAAACCAUUAAAGCGAACAUUUUUGAUGCUCACAA